AUGAUAUUAGCCUUGCUUUUGCUUGGUCAUGUUGUAAGGGCCGAUAUAUUCGAUAAUAUCAGUCUAGAAAAGGUUCUAGGCGAAGGCCUGAAGAGUGACAAUGGUGAGCAGCCUGGGGCUAAUAAUGCUUCAUUGUCCCAGGCACCAAAGGAAGAGAAAAUGUCUUCAACUCUUGCUGGGGCCUCGCUUUCCUCCUCGUAUAGUAUACCAAGUCAAGCUUCGAUAUCCUCAAUAUCGACAGUAGCCUCGGGAAAGAAGAAUGGAGAAGAAACUCCGAUUAUCAUAAUAACCCAAGAGAAUUCAAAAGACAAAGGAGGAAAAGAGCAAGAAGAAAGGAUAGCCAGUAUUGUGAGGAAUGCGAUUUCGGGCAAUAAGACCAAAUCAGGGCUGACGAUGAAAAGUGAGACAGUAGAAGAAAAUGAAGGGUCUACUAACAACGGUGAAUUUAGGGAAGGACAGGAUAAAGAGGUCAAAUCUAAGCCAAACACCAUCAACAACUCUCUUUCCCCCAUCAUGGCAAAGGCUGUUGGAAAUAGUAGUAACUUGGAAGAUUCUUAUUGGACAACGAUUAUUGUUGAUAACAAGCUAAGGAAGGUUAAGGUUAAUGUUAAGGUCAUGACUGUUGUGGAGAGUAUCGAUGAUGCAAUAAAGUGCUCUUCUAAGGAAGGAGAUGCAAAAGAAAAGGAAAAGAAAUUCAACUUCUGGAGCAAGUCUGAAGAAAAGUCUAAAGGUGGAGACAUCCCUACUACUGUUUCUGUUCCUUCUAGCAAAGAGAAGGAUUCAAGGAAAACAACAUCUCAGAGCAUUAAGACUUCUGCAAAGGAUAGGAGUAGUGAUGCGAAAGAAAAGAGGACAGUAGAAGUUUCAAAACCUAUUGAACCUGAACUGGCUUCGUCCUCUAUUUCACCUGGAAAAGGUAUCGAAUCCAAAAAAGAGUCGGAAAGUGCAAGUAAAUCCAUAAGGCCCAGUGUCUCUAGUAUGUCUGAGGGUUCAGGAACCUCAAAGAAGAGUGGUAAGGACGAAUCUACCAGUUCGAAGCAUAGUAAGUUUGUAGGGUCUACAAAAUCAUCUUCUGGGGUAUCUACCAAAGGUAAAGGUACAGAAAGUAAGAGUGUUGAAACUGCCACAAAAGAGAAGAGUAAGAAACAGGAAUCUAUGACAACAUCACUUUCAAGCCGUGCUUCACAAGGGCUAUCCACCGUGGCUAGUGUAAUAUCUCCAAAGAAUAAGAAGAAAACUUCAUCUUCCAAGGAGGGCACAAGUACAACAUCUACAUCUAAGAUGCCAACUUCUAUUAUAUCCCAUGGUUCGAAGAAAUCAAAGGGAACAUCAAAAGAUACUAAGGACAUAACCACUUCAAAGUCAGAAAAGGAAGGCAAGUCAGGGUCGGAAAAGAAGGAAGCCAAUCCUGAGAUGAAUGAGCUUUUCUAUGUUCUUAAAAACAUGCCUGGGAAGGCCAGCAUUAGCGACCCUGAAGGAAAGAUGUUUGUGGAGGGGAACUUUGUCGCACUAAAAGAAGAGAAAUUGAAGGACAAGAAGUUUAAAUUCUCUGGUUACAUUCAAGCAGCACAUACUUAA